GCAAACGUCAACGGUCCAUCCAACCCCGUUGUAACUUGUAAGGAAGGUUGAACUUUGAAGGCGGUGCCACUGCCAGACAGACAGAUAUUCGAACUAUGGUAGUAGGCAUAGCAGUUACUACCAGCAUCUACACGCUCACUCCACCACUCUCUUCAUUCAGGCUCCCCACGCGCUUCUUCUCACCCACCGCUAAGUUUCCACUUCGUCUUCGAGCUUCUUCUUCAACGACAUUCCUUGACACCAACCAAACAGCAGAUUCCUUCGUAGCUGAGAAGGAAAUUACUCGGAGCAGCAAUCCUUUGGCUUGUCCCGUAUGUUAUAACUCAUUGACAUGGAUCACUCAUCCUGCUUUGUCCAUAGAUACUAUUCCUGAAUCUAGUUUACAAUGUAGCACCUGUCAGAAAACAUAUAUCGGUAACCAAACACAUCUUGAUCUCACGACAAUAAGUGGUGCUAAGAACUAUGGUGAAUCCAUGCCAGCUUCCACUGAGCUUUUCAGGCUGCCGUUGGUAUCAUUUCUCUAUGAGAGGGGCUGGCGUCAAACCUUUUCUGUAUGGGGUGGUUUUCCAGGUCCUGAGAAAGAGUUUGAACUAAUGAAGGGUUUCCUAAAACCAGUAUUGGGUGGAAAUAUCAUCGAUGCUAGUUGUGGAAGUGGAUUAUUUUCAAGAUUAUUUGCAAAAAGUGGACUUUUUUCUUUGGUUGUGGCUCUAGACUACUCAGAGAACAUGUUGAGGCAAUGUUAUGAGUUCGUUCAGCAGGAAGAUAACUUUCCAAAAGAGAACUUCAUCUUGGUUAGAGCAGACAUAGCUAGACUUCCUUUUGUUUCCAGUUCUGUUGAUGCUGUGCAUGCAGGAGCAGCUAUUCACUGUUGGCCUUCACCAUCAGCAGCUGUAGCUGAGAUAAGUCGCGUUUUACGACCUGGAGGUGUCUUUGUUGCAACCACUUACAUACUGGAUGGGCCUUUUAGAGCUGUCCCAUUUUUAAAUACAUUUCGUCAGAGUAUAAGGCAAUUAUCUGGGAUCUAUACCGUUCUCUCUGAACGUGAACUUGAAGCUCUCUGCAAGGCGUGCGGGCUGGUUAGAUUUAAAUGCAUUAGAAAUGGGCUUUUUGUGAUGAUUUCUGCCACAAAGCCUAAGUAAGGUUUGAGUUUCCUGGCACUCUGUGCUUCCUUCAUAACAUAUUUUGCUAAAGCCUUAAACUACUCUUCUCAUUGGGAAGAUCAGCACUUUGCACAGAAAAAGUGGUGAGUUUCGACAGAUGGCGAAAAGAGUGUCUAUUCAUGAUGAUGUGUGAGAAAUAUGACGCAAAAGUUAUUUGUAAAUAUCAUAACAUCUCCGUUUGAGCCUUCUACUUUAUUGGUUUUUUAGCAUUUGAUGCAUCAUGAACUAUGACAGUUCUGUAACUAGUAAGUAAUUGGAGUAAUAAGAAUAUGCUUUAUCACUCAACUGAUUAAAUUUAGCAUAUAAACAAAAAAAACAGUGAAAAUAAAACUAAGGCCUAUUACAGUCUAUUCUCA